CCGGGUACGAAAUUAUCUGAAAAUUUGUGCAAUGUCAGUGGAAGAAUUUCCAUGCCAGAAAAUACUUUGAAGGCUAAUGAUGAUAAAAAUGCCUUCAGAUGUUUGGGAUUAUUAUCAGACAACAGAAGAAUAGUUCCAUUGAAAUCAAUUAAGGUGGAUGUACACAUAAUUGGUUAUGUUGCUGAAGUUUCAUCAAGAUUGACAUAUUUCAAUGAAGAGGAAACACCAGUUGAGGCAGUGUUUACAUUCCCAGUCGAUGAUGGAAGUGCAGUGUUCCAGUUUGAAGCUGAUAUUGAUGGACGUCACAUAGUGGCAGAAAUUCAAGAGAAAGAACAGGCAAAACUGACAUACCAAGAUGCAAUAAAUCAUGGUGAAUCAGCCAUGCUGUUAAAGGAAGACAACUCUGCUGGAGAUAUCUUCAGUUGCAUGCUGGGGAAUCUUCCUCCUCAGAGUGAGGCUUCACUUGUGAUGAAAUAUGUGAUUGAACUGCCACAGGAGGCGGAUGGUCGACUGAGAUUUACACUUCCCACUAUACUUAAUCCAAGAUACUCACCAGAUGUUGGUGGUACAGUACCUGCAGAGGGUGCCACCUACGUCCCACCAUGCGAAAUUCCAUAUGAAUUUUGUAUGACCGCAACAGUGGAGGGGUAUCAUAAAGUUAUUUCUGCGACUUCAGACAGAGUUACACUGGAUGUUAAGUUUGAACAGAAUAACAGAGUAGCAAAGGUGAGUCUUUGUGACAAGUUCCAGUUUGAUCAUGACCUCAGUUUUCUUGUGCAGUACGAGAAUGCGUAUAGUCCACAUGUUGUCCUGGAGAGAGGAAAUCCUGAAGCUGAGGGAUUGUUAAAAGAGGAUAUGUUGAUGGUCAGUUUCCAUCCAGACCUGAAAGAGGUUUCCAUGGCAACCAGUGGAGAAUAUGUCUUUGUCAUUGAUAGAUCAGGCAGUAUGAUUGGAAAUAAGAUAAAGAAUGCUAAAGAGGCCCUGCUGCUGUUUCUGAAGAGUUUACCACCUGAUUGCUACUUUAACAUCAUCAGUUUUGGUUCAAUUUUCAAACCACUUUUUCCCAUAGAGAGCCAGAAAUAUUCUACAGAAAGUUUAGAGGAAGCUAUUGAACUGGAAAAGAGCAUGGAAGCAGAUAUGUAUGGAACAGAGAUACAGAAACCUCUCACUCAUGUCUUCAACAUGGCAGCUAUAGAAGGACACCCUAGAAGAGUGUUUGUAUUGACAGAUGGUGAGGUGGAUGACAUAAGAUGGGUGACAAGAUUGGUCAAAGAAAACACACAGAACACAGACACAAGAGUUUUUACUCUUGGUAUUGGUGAUGGAGUGUCAACAGCUUUGGUAAAAGGCAUAGCUAGUAAUGGAGGUGGGAAAGCAGAAAUCAUUGAUGGAGAAGAACGUAUACAAUCUAAGGUUGUAUCAUUACUGAAGUGUGCAAUGCAGCCAGCUAUUACAGAUGUCAACAUUGACUGGGAUCUUCCGUCAGGUGUGACCCUUGUUUCCAUACCAUCAGAACCUCCCAGCAGCAUAUAUGCUGGUGAGAGACUGACUUUGUUUACCAUCUUAAAAGGACUUGGUUCCAAUCAGAGCACUGCAGCUGGUUCUCUUACCUUGAAAGGUCAGCAGAAUGGUUCCCCAGUAUCAUACAGAAUGACCUUCACCUUAUGUAAGGAAGAUGAAAUAUGUGAAUCAGCACCUGUUCAUCGCUUGGCAACCAAGGCACAAAUUAAACUGCUACAGGAUAUGGAGGCUGAAGAUAUUUUACUUCUCAAUCCAAUAGAAGAUGCUGAACUACGUCAAAAGAUUGUUAACUUUAGUCGUCAAGGCAAUAUUGUGUCAAGGUAUACAGCCUUCGUUGCCAUAGAUACAGAGGGGAAGAAAGUGAGCGGUGAAUUAAGUCAAAGGUCAUGUCCAGUUCCCAUGGUUUCAACGGAAUAUAAGGAUGGCAUGUAUGAUGCAAGGUUAAUGAAACAAGGGGUGACAGACCCAAGCCAGUAUUCAACAGCCAUAAGGAAAACUUGUGUACAACAUAUGAAAUUGACAAAAAGACACUGUCAGUUACUUGAUGAUGAUGAAGACUGGUGUGUGAAAGAUGGCAGCAGGUCAGGGUUUGGUAGAAAAACGGGGAAGAACAAAGGAAUUUCAUGCUUUAAUAUCAAGCUGCCGAAGUUCAGUAAAUUAUUUUCAAAGAAGAGAAAAAGCAAAGAGCCUGUAUCUUGUAAAAAAUCUGUUGCAGAACAAAUGGGAGCUGUGGGUAGUUCAGAUAGUGCCCAAGCAUGCAGUAGUACUUCAGGUGUAACAGACGUACCAGAGGACAAGACAGAGACUAGUAAACUGCCAUCAGAUGAUGCUAUGCUGUCUGUAAUUGCACUACAACAGUUACACGGACGAUGGGAGCUUUCUGAUACACUCCUUACAUUACUGGAAGUAACUAUGGAAGACUUUGGACAACUGAAUUUUUCAGAUGAUCCAUAUGUUGUAUGUACAGUGAUUGUACUAUGUUGGUUAAGAAAACAGUUUUCACACAGACAAGAGGAGUGGCAGAUGAUAGAAACUAAAGCCCUAGCCUGGCUGGCAUCACAUAAUCUCUCUCCAUCAGAAGAAGAUAUCAUUCAGCAGACAACCAAGUCUCUUUGGCGCGAUUAGCUUAAUACAUUUUUGUGAAAAAUAUGAAGAAUAUAAAGAUUUUGAAUAUUACAAUAUUUUGAUGGUUUCCAGAACUAGUUGUAUAGUAUAUCUUUGGAUGGAUUGUUUUCAAGCUUGAUUAAAGUAAUAAAUGAAAGGAAACUUCCUAGGUAUAAUGACAAAGUUUGGCAUUUAUAUUUGCACUUGCAGAUAAGAAAAAACUUCUAUGUGCUCUGAUUGGACAGUGUAGUAAAAUGUUGAUAUACUUAAAGUCAUUUUUAUGCUUGGGAGAUUAACUUUUGUGGAUUUUAUAGUUGUAUCAACCAAAGAAAUGAAAACUCAGCAAAGCAGUAAACUCCAGAUUUGUCUUAUUUUCUUACGGGUUUUGAAAAUUAAAAUUUUAUACAUUUUUUAGUUCACCUGAGCACUUCAGUGCUCAAGGUGAGCUUUCGUGAUCGCCCUGUGUCCAUCGUCCGUCCGUCUGUCCGUCAUCAACAAUUUGACUAUUAACACUCUAGAGGUCACAAUUUAGGCCCAAUCUUAAAGAAACCUGGUCAGAAUGUUACCCUCAAAUAAGUCUUGGACAAGCUUGAUAUUGGGUCAUCUGUGGUCAAAAACUAGGUCACAAGGUCAAAUCGAAGGAAAAGCUGUUAACACUAUAGAGGCCACAGUUCUGACUGUAUCUUCAUGAAACUUAAUCAGAAUGUUAAUCUUGAUGAUCUUCGGGUUCAGUUUGAAUCUGGGCCAUGUAAGAUCAAAAACUAGGUCACCAGGUCAAAUCAAAGGAAAAGCUAGUUAACACACUAGAGGUCACAUUUAUGACCUUAUCUUAAUGAAGCUUGGUCAGAAUGUUAAUCUUGAUGAUCUUUAGGUGAAGUUUAAAUCUGGGUCAGGUGGGUCAAAAACUAGGUCACUUGGUCAAAUCAAAGGAAAAGCUUGUUAACACCCUAGAGGCCACAUUUAUGAUUUUAUUUUGAUGAAUCUGAGUCAGAAUGUUAAUCUUGAUGAUUUAUGGGUCAAGUCCGAAUCUGGGUCAUGUGGGGUCAAAAACAAGGUCACUGGGUCAAAUCAAAGGAAAUGUUAGUAAGCACUUUAAGAGGCCACAUUUAUGACUGUGUCUUCAUGAAACUUGGUCAGAAUGUGAACUUUGAUAAUCUUUAGGUCAAGUUUGACUCUCAAGGUGAGCUUUUUUGAUCGCCCUGUGUCUGUCGUCCGUCGUUGUCCGUCUGUCUGUCAGUUGUCAACAAUUUGACUGUUAACACUCUAGAGGUCACAAUUAUGGCCUAAUCUUAAUGAAAUAUGGUCAGAAUAUUACUCUCAUAAAAAUCUUGGACGAGUUUGAUAUCGGGUCAUCUGGGGUCAAAAACUAGGUCACCAGGUCAAAUCAAAGGAAAAGCUUGUUAACACUCUAGAGGUCACAAUUUUGGCCCAAUCUUAAUGAAACUUGGUCAGAAUGUUACCCUUAAUAAAAUCUUGGGUGAGUUUGAUAUUGGGUCAUCUGGGAUCAAAAACUAGGUCACUGGGACAAAUCAAAGAAAAAGCUUGUUAACACUCUAGAGGUCACAAUUUUGGCCCAAUCUAAAUGAAACUUGGUCAGAAUGUUACCUUUAAUAAAAUCUUGGACGAGUUAGAUAUUGGUUAUCUGGGGUUAAAAAGUAAGUCACCAGGUCAAAUCAAAGGAAAAGCUUGUUAAAACUCUAGAGGUCACAAUUUUGGCCCAAUCUUAAUGAAACUUGGUCAAAAUGUUACCCUUAAUAAAAUUUUGGAUGAGUACAAUAUUGGGUCAUCUGGGGUCAAAAACUAGGUCACCAGGUUAAAUCAAAGGAAAAGCCUUUUAACUCUGUAGAGGCCACAUUUAUGACUGUAUCUUCAUGAAACUUGGUCUGAAUGUUACUCAUGAUGAUCUCAAAGUCCAGUAUGAAUCUGGGUCAUGUAGGGUCAAAAACUAGGUCACCAGGUCAAAUCAAAGGUAAAGCUAGUUAACACUCUAGAGGCCACAUUUAUGACAUAUCUUAAUGAAUUUUGGUCAGAAUGUCAGUCUUGAUGAUCUAUACGUCAUGUUCAAAUCUUGGUCAGGUGGGGUCAAAAACUAGGUCACUGGGUCAAAUCAAAGGAAAAACUUGUUAACAUGCUAGAGACCACGUUUAUGACUGUAUCUUCAUGAAUCUUAGUCAGAAUGUUAAUCUUGAUGAUCUUUAUGUCAAGUUCGAAUCUGAGUCAUAUGGGAUCAAAAACUAGGUCACAAGGUGAAAUCAAAGGAAAAAUUUUAAUUAACGCUGAAAAGGUCACAUUUAUGACCAUUUCUUAAUGAAACUAUCUUGAUGAUCUUCAGGUCAAUAGGUCAGGUGAGCGAUACAGGGCCUUCAUGGCCCUUUUGUUUGUUUUUGUUGUGUUUAGAGUUGCACUGACAAAAUUUAGUUCAUAUGGCAACUUUUCUAUAUUUUUUUUUGAUAGUGGAGGAAGACCUCAGGUGCACCUUCGGGCAUUGUUUCAGGCAUGGGGCAGGCAUCUGGGUAACAACCUCCGACCUUCUAUAAGCCAGCUGGAUGGCUUUCUCAAAGAAUUUUGAACCCACAUAGGUGGGGGACAAACCACAGAGCCCUUGUUUAAGAUGGUGUUCCAGUAAAGUGCAAUAAAAUCAUUUUAGAUAUUUAUACAAUAAAAAAUUAUAUAUGUUUUGUUUUAACAGAUUUACAUUGUUUUGUUUUUAGCCUGUAUUAUGAAAACAUAAAAAGUUGUAUGAUUGAGAAAUCUAAAACUUUUGAAAGUUUAAAAAUAAAUAAAAAAUUGUGACAUUGAA